GAUAAAUCUUUGAAUUGUAAAAGAUGGAAACUUCGAUUGAUUUCUUAAAACCAUGUUUUGUGAUAAUUACGGGUGCCUCAAAAGGUAUCGGAAGACAAAUCGCUAUUGAUACGUCAAAAAAGUUAUGUGAUGGAUCUGAAAUUGUUCUUGUGGCAAGAUCUGAAGAAGGAUUAAAAGAAACUCAAAGUUUAAUAACAUCUGUUACACAAAAAAACAUCAAAAUCGAAACGAUUAAGGUCGAUUUUUCUAAUUUCACCUUAUUGGAUUGUGAAAAAUUCUUUAAUAACUUAACAACAAACACACAAUUUGAAUCAGGAGUGAUUUUCCACAACGUUGGUUCAAUUGGGACAUUAAAAAAGGUUACAAAUUUGGAGGAUCUCGAUGAAUGGAAAAAGCAUUAUGAUUUAAAUUUAUUCUCAACAAUCCUCUUUAAUAAUCAUUUUAUUAAGACAAUUGGGCCAAUAACAAAAAGGAUUUAUGUAAUUAACAUUACAUCUUUGUGUGGGAGAAAACCUUUUAAUAAUCUUGCUAUGUAUGGUUCUGCUAAAGCUGCAAGGGAUUUAUAUUUUAAAGUGUUAGAUGUUGAAGAACCCAACAUUACUGUUCUUAAUUACUCUCCAGGGCCUGUUAAAACGGAUAUGGUGGAUAUAAUUGUAAAUGAAGCCGAGGAUGAAGGAUUACGACAACAAUUUAAAACUAAUAUUAUGGAAAAAACCAUUUUAACCCCUCCCCAAACUGUUUCGAAAUUAAUUUAUUUGUUAGAAAGGGGUAAAUUUAAUUCUGGGGAUACUGUUGAUUAUUAUGAUGUAUAAAUUUGAUUAAUAAAGAAUUUAUUUCUAUUUAAUAACUACAAAA